AUGGGAGCCAGAGAUGACGAGUAUGACUACUUAUUUAAAGUGGUAUUGAUUGGAGAUUCGGGAGUGGGGAAGAGUAACCUCCUGUCUCGAUUCACAAGAAAUGAGUUUAACCUGGAGAGCAAGAGCACCAUCGGAGUGGAGUUCGCCACCAGGAGCAUCCAGGUGGACGGCAAGACGAUAAAGGCCCAGAUCUGGGACACCGCGGGUCAGGAGCGUUACAGAGCCAUCACUUCAGCAUAUUACCGAGGGGCAGUGGGCGCUCUUCUAGUGUAUGACAUCGCCAAGCACCUGACGUAUGAAAACGUGGAGCGCUGGCUGAAGGAGCUCCGCGACCACGCCGACAACAACAUCGUCAUCAUGUUAGUAGGAAACAAGAGUGAUCUGCGCCACCUCAGAGCUGUGCCUACGGACGAGGCCCGAGCGUUCUCAGAAAAGAAUACUCUCUCCUUUAUUGAAACUUCAGCCUUGGACUCUACAAACGUUGAAGAAGCUUUCAAGAACAUACUCACAGAGAUUUACCGUAUAGUGUCCCAGAAGCAGAUUUCUGACCGAUCCGGACAUGACGACUCCCCUGGAAAUAAUGUUGUGGAUAUAAGUGUUCCUCCCACAACAGACGGGCAGCGAGGCAACAAACUGCCCUGCUGCCAAAGCGCUUGA